CCCCUCAAUAAUUAAAAAACUAAUUUUUAAAAAUAUUUUUCCACUCAAUUGUACUCCACAAAACUCCUACCGCACCCUAGACCCCUCGAAGGACCCAAAAUCCCCCGAAAAAUCUCCACCAUCUCCAGCCUCUCUUUCCCAAAAUGACCUCCCCAAAAUCCAUGAAAUAAUACUCUCAGUUGAUCCCCAAUAACUGACCGUAUCCGUAAGCUGGCACCUACCACUCCGCCGACGGUAUGUCUGUCUCACACUAAUGGGCUCCCUCUCUCUCGCUCUCCUAUGCGGCAACGCAGUGGGAGCGCUAUCCCCCGACUGAGCCCGCACCCGUCCCCUUCCCUCCCACCCACUAUCCCCCACCACUCGCGUGCGGCGCGCGGCGCUGUUCGUGUCGUGCGGCGCUGAGCGCUUCAGUACUCGUCGGAGCUCCGUUGGAGUUUCCUCGUAACGUUAUCCCGUCCCACAACGAGUCUCCGUCUUCGUUGUUUCAGUCUCCACCCCUCCUCCCCCCCCCGUCCCACCGACCAGUCGAACCAACAAAAGUGUAAAACAACAACGAAAACAUCUCAAAGGAUUUAAAAAAAUAAGUUGUCGAGUGAUAAAUUAAAUGUGAAAAAAGGAAAAACGUUGAGUUUAGUCAGUUUCAACGUCGACGUGGGAUACAAUCGUUGGAAUUUUCAACGGAAUUGUUUUACGUUGUUUCCAUCACGAUUCAGUGACGUGUCAUAAUCAAUAAAUCAUCAGUGAUAAUUGGGUGUGAUGAGUGGAGUAAUGAAAAAGUGAAAAAGUGAAAUUUUGGAGAAAAUUUUUUUUUUUUGACUUCGAGUGAUAAUUUUUUUGGUGGUGAUUAACAAUGAUAAUGGAGAAGGCCCAGUUGUUGGGUUAAGUAGGUUAUUUCAUUAGUGUACGUUGUCCUUGGCGAAUGCCCGAUACAACAAGGGGCAUUACAACCAUCGGACGGCCCAGUUUUAACCGACGCACACAUUUACGUAACGAUAAUUCAUCGAUUAAUUUUGUUAUCGUCGAGAGUCGUCAGUGGAAAAUUGGGAAUUUUUUUUUUUAGUGUAAGGCCCAACGACUCUGGUCGAGUGGGGGGAGGGGGAGUGAGGGAGAGAGAGAGUGUGAGGGGCCCCGACGACUGCAGUUGUCGAUCGUUUUGGGACCAGUGUGUUAGUUUGAUUUUUUUUUGGAAAUAAUUUUUUUUUUUUUUGGGCCUUAUGGUAAGGCCCAGUGGUUAAUGCUCAUCCGGAGUAUGGUGACGCAUUGAAUGUACCUGUGAUCGAUAUCCAGCGGUGGUAAAUUAUGUGAUUUUUGGGCCUUAUCCUGUGAAUCUUUUGGUUUUUCAAGACGAAAAGGUAACGGCGACUCGUCGAGUGAAAGUUAUAUCGGUGGGAGUUUUACGAAUGGGAUUGGAUACCCUGGAAUUGAUUAAUUCAUAUUGUUAGAUUAUUUUGGUGGUGUGGAGUGGGUGAGCAGUGAAUUUGUGAGGUGAAGUGAUGAAAAAUUUUUUUUUGUGAUAAAGUUACGCAUUUUUGGAUUUAUUUGUAUUGGAUACUGGAGUUUUUUCACUGGUGUGGAACGACGAUUUGGUAAUUGCUGAGUUUAGAAUGCAGAGACCAGGCCGAGAAAGUUUGGUGGUGGAGGUUGGGCAAAUACGCCCCAUAAGCACGGCCGGCUAAUAGCUCCGGCACAGUACAGGCCCACCCCCGACACCCCGCAGCCAGACACCAGAUUUUCCGUCGGCGUGACAUGGAUGUGAGUUUCACGAACGUGUUGGAGGGGGCCCGACAGUACUUUCAGGGACUGCCAGCACCAAGUACAGCAUCACAAUCGGACAAUCGUAUAUACGAUGAGCAGCCGACGUUACCCCAGACAUCGGAAAAUUCACCAGCGAUUGAUUCACGACCCGAAUCAAGGUACAACGAUACAAGUAAGAUCGAUAAUUCUCGUGAUGACAAUUCGAUUUCCGAUUCUUACUGGAGUACAAGUAAUGAAUUACGUACCAUCGAGCCGUAUCCCCCCCAGCCGACGCGCGUCGAGGUGCCCGACACGAGGCCGGACGAGACUGGCGAUCGUUCAGGCAGUCCCACCACAAGCCUGACGGAAAUGCAACCGCCAAGCAGGCCCCAAUCAACAAACCGUCAGCUGACGGAACAUCACCGUAACCCAUCCCCCAAGUCCCACUCACCACCGCCGGUCUAUCAACAAUUAUCGAGUGUAACAAGGCCCACGUCGUAUCGUUCAACGACGGACAUGUUGAACACGACGAAUCACACGACGUAUCAAUCCACUGAACGUCCACCAGGUGCACCAGUAGCUCAGCGACCCCAGUAUUACCCCCGCUAUCAUCAUCCGGACAUAACGAAAAGUGCCCCAGUCCCAUUCUCCCAGAAUUCCAUCUAUCAGGCCCCAACACCCCAGACGAGCAUCAACCCCACCACCACCGGGUCAUCAAGAGCCAAUUCCCUCGAGGAUAAUGGACGCGGUUCACAGCUGGACACGUCCCACACGGUACCAUCGACGAGUACAUCCGUCUACUCGACGGGCGGUUAUCGUCCGCCGACGGCGGGUCGUCCACCAGAUCCAAUGCAUUCCUCAUCAUCGACAUCUUCCAAUUCAAAUCCCUGCAGUCCUCGACAUGCCCAGACGAGCCACAUUCCCGCACCCCACAGUCAUCCUGGACACAUUCCGUCACCACAUCUGCCAGUACCAUCAGCCGUUCCCCCAUCAUCACUAUCAUCAUCGCAUACCUUAUCAGUAACGGGUCAGCACACUAGUCGACUAACUCCAACCCAUCAGACUCCAUAUGGAAAUAGGGUUGGAGUACCCUACACUGGUGCUAAUCACAAUCAGCAGAUGCUACCACCACCAUCACCGAGUUAUAGUCUCAGUGGUGGUCACGACUCCACAAGCCGCCCUGGUACCUCACCCCAGAGACAAUCACCGCAUGUAGCGGUGCACACUAGCCACUCCCUAUCCCCCCAUCAUCCCUCACCCUCACCCCACAACACCCCGAACUUUCAACCCCACUCCCCGACGUAUCCCCCACCCCCACUGCCACCGCGUUCCUCGUCGAAUCCUUACGCACUACCGCCGACAUCCCACCAACAUCGUACCGUGUAUCCAAGUGGUUAUCCCCAGUCUUCUUAUCAUUCCUACCAAAAAACCAAUCAGGGAUAUCCACAGACGUCGAGAUCGUACCCCCAGGUACCCGUUACUGGGCCAACACCGGCGCCAUCACUGACGCCGACAUCGGCUAGUCCGACGAACGAUGUGAACGGGAGCUAUACGAACUCAACGAAUAAAUUAACGUAUGAUGGUGGUGAGACAAAGGGGCCCUCAGUCCCCGUGAGUCAGUCGAAUUCAUUCAGCGGUUACCGACUGCCGGUAACCGCCGCGAGGAAUGCUAAUACGCACAAUUUGCCGAUCACGGCCGUUUCCUCGUAUCAUUCUAAUCGAAAUUCGAGGGAUGCCAUGGGUAAGGCCCAAGCCCUACCCAGACAGAGGCCAUCCAACAACUCAAUUACAGUACCUUCAGUUCCUACAUUACCGCGUGCCGCGGAAUUUAGUCCAAUGACAUCGACAAUCGAUGAACGAUUGUCGGUAGCUACAAGUGCAACAUCUAAUUACUCGUAUUCAGGUCAGCAUAAUUAUCGUUCAUAUGCUACGACAGUGGCGCCAAGCCAUCACAGCAGCUCUUCCACAACAACAGCGACGGCAAUCGUCAAUGACACAAGACCAACACAACCGUAUCCUGUGACAGUUCACUCGCGUUCGUCUUCCGAUUCAAGUCGAUCGUCACUACUCCAACGUAUCGACAACUACAACUACAAAGACUAUUCCUACACAACUCCGUCGAGUCAGCCGAUGCCCAGGGUAACACCCUCCCCACCCCCUCAGGCUAACGGUCACCCCCUGAGAAAGCGCGAAUCACCCCUCGAUCUAUCCGUGAAGACAGUUAAGAGCUCGGCGGAUUCGACGGCGCGCGACGAUCUCGAGGUGUCGGGUGAUAAGCAGGUGAGUAGCUCCAGUAUCCUCAACUCCAGACGAAUGCUCCCACCGGCCCAAUCAGCCGGAGGCUACGCUAAUUACGAGAGGAACGCUAACGGACGGAAUUCCGUGCCGACACUGAGGCCAUCAACACCCCAGAUGCCGGUCUGCGCGCCGAAGGUUGACUUCCUCCCCGACUUCAACUCAACCCCAUUGAGACACCAUCACCCGAGUCACCCGAAUCAUCAACCGGAGGGUGACCUACGAAGGGCCUCAUCGCAGUUUCACGUCCCACCCCAGCAUCAGAAUGUGAUAUCAAGCGGUCCAUUACCCCGUAUGUCCACCUUCAAGAAGAGCUCCCUUCCGUCGACGCCAUUGUACGACGGAAAGUCCGGGCUGACGUCGUACCCUGGCCUGACGGAAGCUGGAAGGGCCGCCAUGAGGUACCCAGCUGAUCCAGCCCGAUCGCAAGUCCCAACAUCCUAUCCGUCGGAGGUGAGUAAGUACUACCCUGACGGUCGUGGUAAACUCCCGACGAAACGACCUGGGGAGUCGCUGUACCUGACGGGGGGAAGUGGACCCAGCAAACAUCCUCGCAUCGACCAUUGGAAGCUGGCCAUUGACAAGGAGAUCCAGCAACGGCUGACUGCCGCCCAAAUUCUCCGCGAACAGCAGCAGAAACGUCAAGAGAACACUCAACCCACAUCGAUGAGCAACGGCACCCUGACGACCCCCUCCUACCCCCCGAGGACUGACAACUCCGGACGUUAUCUCUCCGCAUUCUGUGAUAAGCGAAACUACCCGGAAGCGAAGAUUCCGACCGUUCCCUACAUCCAACCCCAUCAGAAAUCCGGUUCCCAGGUGUCGGUUCAUCAGCCGACGUCAGCCAACCCGACGUACGCCCCAGGGUAUCGUCCGGGUCAGCGACCGACGUAUUCACCCCUCGAUCUGCCCAGCAACACCGGCGCCGACAAGCGCGUCCUCAGUCUUCUUCGGAAUAGUCUGGAGAACAAGCAGCAGAGGGAGGAGCAGAUGAACAGCCAGCAGCCGAUCCUCGUCAAUCACAGCCACCAGAGCUUUCAGAAUAAAGUCGUUGCGCCAGUUGAACCGAAGACGAACAUCGGCAGACACAAUUUAUCACCGUUUACAGCCGCCAGUUUACUGGAACGAAACAGCAACACCCCACCCCAUUACAAGUUCCACGUUCCCCGUGCGGUGGACUCCAUCACCCAGGAGACACCUAGAAGUCUCUACGGCUCGCGUGUCAACUCGUCAGCGACGUUACCCGCGGGUAAAGAAGCGCUACUCGGACCACGUGAUGAUAAUCAGAUUCACCGGGACAAGGACGAGAGUCUGGCGGCCAUGAUUGCAGCGAAAAUCCGAACGAAAGCGGAAUUGAAACAAGUGGGAACUGGACAGAUGUCCGCCAAGUCAGUUCUGGGCGUGUCUCAGGAUCCCCAUGACCUUGAACGUGCGGCAUCCACGUCGACGCCACAAUCCGUCGCGUCGUCGGCGGGAAGUCCGCCGAAGUUGACGCGUGAGAAGACGUCGUGUCUUCCGUCACGAAGACGAUUGUUCUCCAGAUCUGACGAGGAUAAUCUUCCCGUCGCGGCGACGAUACCGAUUCCCGCGGCUAUCGCACCAGCUGCGUCAGUCGUAUCAAGAAACAGCGGCUUCCGUAGUUCCUCGGAGACGUCGGUCUUCGACUUCCGGGAGAGUGAUUCCGAGACGGAGAUGCCGGUGCUCGAGAGACAGACGUUGGAGGAGAUGCGACGUGAUCGAAAACAACUGUCCAAAGUCCAGCCCCCAGUUCCCCUCAACGACGCGAUGUCGUUGGGGAUAGGAUCGACGGAUCUCGUGAAGAUCGAGCUGAAGGAAAACGAUAAGAUCACGGAGCUCGAUCCGUUCUGGACGACGACGUGUGAUAAAUUUAUGGAGCAGUUGAGAUCUGGCGAGAGCUGCAAGAAACGCGGGAGGAGGAAGAAAGCGGAUGACCUUGAGGACGACAGCGGUGAGGGACAUUCGCGGGAGAUGGAGAUCAGACCCGAGGACAUCAAGAAGGAGAUGAACGACGAGGAGUCGUCGGGUACAAAGCCCGAUGACGACGUUAAAGAGACUGAACCAACGAAACGUGAGUCUGAAUGUUCCUUGACGCCUGAUCCGUCGAUUAAGACAGAAAAACCUGACGAGGCAGAUGGGCCUGACGAGGCGUCUGACGACGACUCCGACGAACUUCCUCUCAUCAAACGCACGUCGAAGAAGAAGAAACCGGAGGCGGACAGCGACGAUGACGACGUCAUUCCCAGCAAGCGAUCGAUGAGACGAGGGAGUAGGAUAAAACUCGCGUCGUCAAGCGAGAGUUCGUCAUCAAGUGGUGAAGACACCGACGGUAGUGAUGAGUUUGGUGGUACGUCGGUGGCCCAUCGGCUGCGGAAUCGCAAACGAUCGGGGGCGGGUGAAGCGGAGGGGAUGAAGCUUCGAUCGCGGGAAAUGAGGCCCCAGAUGACGAAGGAGAAGGACAAGUCCCCGAAAUCGAAUGCUGUCCAGAAGCCGAAGCCAAAGCCACUCUUCGGAGAUGGAAGUGACUUCAGGCCUGGGUGGGAGGAGGAGGUUUACGUCUACAAGAAGUCCUUGAGGAUGCCACCGCGUCUCAUCAACGUUUCCAAGCCCUCCAGGUUCCAUCGUCUGUCGACGUCACUUCCUGAUCUAGACCCUGGCUCACCCGCCCUGUCCGUCUCCCUGGAUAGCAGUGACGUCUGCCUCCAGAAACGCUCCAACGACAGCGACGUCGACUCCAACUACAGUUUCAGUCCUGGAAUCGGUAAGAUCGAUGAUGAAGAGGCGACUUCCUCGACGACGAUGUCCGUACCCUUGAAGACGACCCGCGUCCGUCGAUCGGAAUCGAAUUCCAUCGUCGAUCUCCUCGCGCGGAAGGUGGGCGGCAGCAAGAAGGAUCAGAAGAAGAAGUCGAAGGACAUGAAGUCCAGCAGUAAAAUCCUACCAAAAGGUAGCAACGAACCCGAACUACUACCCACCCCCAGUCUGAUCCCUCUGAUGGUAAGUGAACCGCCGAAAACCCCCGGGAAAUCACCCGCGAAGAACAACAAGACGUUGAAACCCAUCGACGUGACGGAGUCGUAUCUCCUCGGUUACUUCCGGAAGGAGACGGUCAACAACUUCCGUGACACCUUCAAGAACAAUCACGCGCUGCCUAAUGAAUUCUCGACGUUCGUCCUGAAGACGAGAACGAGAACUGAGACGCGAGUGCUGAAGAAGCAGGCGACGAUCAGGGAAGUCUUCGGUGAAGAUCGGCCAGCGUCAGCUCCGCCGAUGCAGAAUCACGCGGGUGAUACGUCUCAGGAUGACGACUCGCAGACGGAGACGAAGGAGAGUGUGGUGGGUAGGACGAAGUCCUUGAAGCACAAGGUCGUGUCGAGGCUGAGGAACGUGGGGAUCCUGAGGAGUCACAAAGCUGUUAUGAAUUCUAAGCGACAUCUGCUGACGGUCCAGAGGCGGAACCUGAUGAAGUCACUGGCGGAGAAGAAGAUCAAGACCAUCAAGAAGGAGGUGAAGCAGGAAGUCGUGGAGGAUGGAGAGCCCGAGGAGGUGAACGAGGGGAAUAGCGAGGGGGUUGAGAAUCAGGGGAAGAAGAAGCUGAGGCUCAGGACGGGGAGGAGAAAAUUCCGAUCGGGAUUCGAUUACAUCAGGAAGAAGAAGAAGCCCAUGAAGAAGGAAGAUGGCGCGCCGAAGGAGCGAAAACGACAACUUCCGGUGAGGCCCAAUGCCGAAUCCGUCGCCGACAUUCAGACGGAGAUCAGGACGUGGGUUAUCAAGAAGGGGGUGGGGGAGACGGUUCUCCAUCGUGCGGCUAGGCUAGGGUAUACGGAUGUGGCUGCUUACUGCCUGGAGAAACUGAACAGUCCGCCAAGUCCCAAGGACAACGCUGGGUAUACACCACUUCAUGAGGCAUGUUCACGAGGUCAUCUGCAGAUCGCUAAACUCCUGCUGUCGUAUGGGGCCAACGUCAGUGAGAGCGCCAACGGCGGCAUAAGGCCCCUUCACGAAGCCGCGGAAAAUGGUGCUACCGAACUUGUACGACUACUUCUGUCGUACGGUGCUGAUCCGGUGCUGGCAACUUACUCGGGGCAGACACCCCUCAUGUUGGCAGUUGAUACUGAUGCUUAUUCCAUCAUCGAGCAGCAUUUGGAUGAUGUGCAAGGACGAUCCAGCAUUCCUUGGAGCUUCUCUGGGCCUUGUUCCAUAUUUGAUGACGAUGAAACUGGGUAUGAUGCCCUUCUCGAGGCACCAUCGCCGACCCCCGAAUCCGAACCCGAGGAACUGGAGGUGGAAAUGAGCGAGGUAAACCUACCUGUACUGUUCACCCUCACCAACGAUCCCGACAAAUGGGUCCUACUCCAGGAUUUAAUGUCGGCGGUGCGGGUUAAGAGCCGUGAUGCCCUUCUACGUCAAAUUAAUCCAAAAGCACCAGCUGGACCACCAGUUGUUGCUCAUCGUGAUGUCAUGAGAGAAUUGAAACUUCAUGAUUUUUUGGAGCAGUCCAGGUGCUGCCAUCUGUUGAGCGCUGGUGAACGUAUCAAUGUUCGUGCGUCGAAGGUAACACUUAUUAAGUACAAUGAUAAGGUUAGGUCACUGUUGAAUGUUGAGAGGAUUGUUAUAAAUCUGAGGUGACAUGAGGCGCCACUGGAGGGUGACUUCGGCCAUCGUCGGGUGACCGACGAGCGGCUGUCGGGCCCCCAGUCAGCGCCAUCUACGUCGGUUAAUUCGAGGACUAGGGGAAUUAAGGAGGGGAAGAGUGGAAGGGGAACGAAGCGAGAGAGGUUGAGGAAGAAAAAUUUAUUGAGCGGGAAAAAUUGAGGAUUUUGAGGGGGGAGGGGGAUUUUGGGCCCGUUGAGGUAAAUUGAGAGGGGGGAGGGACUUUUUGGGCAUCAUGGGGUGAAUUAAUUUUUGAGGAGAUUCGAGGUUUUUAGGGGUUGGUUAAGUUGGAAAAUUUGGGCCCGUUUUUUUGGAAAUUUUGGGUCCGUUUUUUGGAAAUUUUGGGUCCGUUUUUGAUGAAUUUGGGUCAGUUUUGGAAUCAUUUGGGCCAGUUUUUGAAACAUUUGGGUCAGUUUUGGAUAUAUUUGGGUCAGUUUUUGAAAAUUUUGGGUCAGUUUCCAAAAAUUUUGGGCCAGUUUUUCAAAAAUUUGUUGAAAAACGAUUUGCCUGAGUUUUUAAGUGAUAAAUAGAAUAAAUUUCGAUAGAUUUUAAUGAAAAUUUUUGUUUUUGAUAGUUUUUUGACCCCAAAAAGGCCCAAAAUUUCCCAAAAAUCUCUCUCGCUUCGACCAAUCGUGAUGGAGAGACUCGAUACAAUUGCAAUUAUCAGAAUUUCAAGGGGAUAAUGAAAACUAAGCAGCGACCUGUGACAUUAAAUUAGUUAAAUAAUUAUUCAAGUGUAAUAAUCCUAGAUAAUAUUUUAUUAAAUAAAACUGCCGUCUCAGAGCGGAGAAUUAAUGAAUUUUAAAUUUUAAAAAACGCUUUUAAUAGAUGAAAAACUGCCGCUAUGACAAUAGUAUGUGGGUACGUCUUCGUAAAAUAAAUUCGCAAUUUUUUAAAAUCCACGAGAAUAAUUAAUUAUCAUUAGCAAAAUGCAAUUAGUUAGUUUCCUUAAUUUGUUGAGUGUUGUUGAAGGCCCAAAAUAACGGAAUACUCUUGUUCGACGAUGAGAAUUAUCGAAUUAAUGAAUCUAAUAAUUAAUCGAUUGGACUGAAACGAGAUAAUUUUGCAAUUCAGUUAUUAACGUUAUUUGUUUAUUAAAAAAUGUCUCGAAGUGGGGGUUGACAACGUUUUUGUAAACAAUGAGAUAAGUUUCUGUAAAAACUCGAAGACAAAAAUCCUGUACAAUAAACAAUUUCAUUUGUUGUUAAA